AUGUUCCCCAACGCUAAUCUCACAGCUCUACUUCUUCGAACAGAACCUCACGAUGGCAAUAAGCCACAGCCAUUGGGAAAUUUUGGCCUGAUAUUCAUCUUCACCACUUCCACGUUGUGCUUGCUUUACUUGCUUUGGCGUCGCGCAAGUGCUCUGCGUGCAGUAGUAUCCCACCAGCUUCAAACGUGGACGAGGACGGAAGGCCAAAUCCGCCUCUCCGAGGACGACGGUCCAUCUGCUGUCGAGUUCCUGACUGAUGCGGACGAUGAAGAUGUCGGGACACCAGAUGAUGGUAUGAUUCCGGGUCAGGACGAAGAACGACUCAGGAAUGAGGGUUCUGUAACCCUACCUUCUGUCAGGCCUGACUCCCCGCCAUAA